GUAGUAGACCUAUAUCAAAGCUUUCCUCACUUGCGGAGACGUCACCUCUUGUUGAUAUGUAAUUCGAGACAUUUUGGUAAAUUACAGGCUAAUAGACGAUUGAAUAAGAUAUCUAGUUAUUCUGUCUUAUCCAGCGGGAUUUAAAAUUUGUGAUUAUCAAGCACGGAAGAUGGCAACACUGGUGACACCCUCUACCAGGAUGUAAACACAGCUGGAGGAACACUCACUGUGCCUUCGUGGCUCUGCGGUUUACAGGACAGCACGUAGGUUCCACAAUGGAGAUAGCCCGUACUCUAUUUGGACCUCGUCCACCUCAGGGUUACACAGAUGGCAGCAAACAGGGCCAGGUGCACACGGCAGCUGAUGAUGAUGAGGAUGCAGAUGAUGUGUUUCUUCCUGACACUCCAGAAGGUCUAAGCACAGGUAUAAGAGUAACUGGUGGAUCCAAUUCAACAGAGCCAAGUGUAGGAGGACCAUUUUCAGCCAUCACGCCAUCCAUGUGGCCGCAGGACAUCCUCACUCGUCUUUCCCAGCAGGUCACUCACCAAGACCCUAACCACCAGCCAGAUUACAGAUUUGAUGAAUUUGGAUUUAGAGUUGAGGAGGAAGAUGGACCUGAACAGAACAGCACAAAGCUCCUUAGUCAGCCUUUUGUGGAGGACCCUCAACACAGAUUACAUUGGAUAGCCUACUUGGAGUUCAGCCACAGUGAUGAGGUUGGAGAACUCACGUGGGAGCAUGUUGAUACCCGGCUCCCUCGUACUGACAAACUACGUGGGAUGGUCAGAGGUGGCCUUCCUCACUCCCUCCGCCCUCAGCUGUGGAUGAGACUUUCAGGUGCACUACAGAAACAACGGCAGUCAGAUAUCUCUUACCGUGAAGUGGUGAAAGCCUCAAGCAAUGAUGCACUCAUGACCAGCAAGCAAAUAGAGAAGGAUCUUCUACGUACCAUGCCCACCAAUGCUUGCUUCUCUCAGCUUACCUCUACCGGCAUCCCACGGCUUAGGAGAGUAUUGCGGGCACUGGCCUGGCUCUAUCCAGAUAUUGGGUAUUGCCAAGGAACAGGAAUGGUUGUGGCCUCUUUACUUCUAUUUCUUGAGGAAGAAGAUGCAUUCUGGGUAAUGUGCACUAUAGUUGAGGACCUUUUACCAGCCUCUUACUACUCCUCUACACUCCUUGUGAGACAAAGGAAUUGGUGUGUUCAGGCUGACCAGCGUGUCUUGGCAGCACUGGUGUCAACUUACCUGCCAGGGGUGGAUUCUGUGGUGCGAGAACAUGACAUUGAACUUUCUCUCAUCACUUUGCAUUGGUUUGUAACUGUCUUUGCCUCAGUCCUACACAUGAAGAUUCUUCUGCGAGUGUGGGACAUGUUCUUCUUGGAUGGUUCAAUUGUGCUCUUUCAGGUUACCCUGGCUAUGCUGAAAAUUAAAGAGGCUGAAUUACGCAGUCUGGAAAACUCUGCACAAAUUUUCAAUGCACUAUCUGACAUUCCUGGAGAAAUAGAUGAUGUGACUUGCUUGUUCAAGGUUAUGGAAAGUGUGUGCGGCAGCUUAACAGAUGUGAUGGUAGAGACACAUCGGAGACGUCAUCUUGCUUAUCUUAUGGCAGACCAUGGAGCCCUCAUCAAUCCUGACCACUCAACUAACUUACCUAAGCAGCAAUUAAAUCGUCGACAGGUGAACAAGAGCAAGUCAGUUCUUGAGGUUUUAUUAUUCAAAGGCGAUCAGAAUGCAGAUGACAUACGGAACAAGAAUAUUCGCCAAACAGAGUUACUGGUGGACUUACGUGAGGCAAUCCUUCAAGUUGGACGCCACUUCCAGGGGGUAGAGCCUAACUACACCACCACUACCCUUACACCAGACUACAGCAUUGAAUCUCAUUCCCGAGACAUCCCCACAUUCCUGGCCACAGCUCGCUCUAGGCAUCGGCGUGCCAAGGCAUUACUGGAUUUUGAGAGGCACGAUGAUGAUGAACUUGGCUUCCGUAAGAAUGACAUCAUCACCAUCAUAUCUCAGCGGGAUGAACAUUGCUGGAUUGGAGAACUGAAUGGGCUAAGAGGGUGGUUUCCAGCCAAGUUUGUAGAGGUUCUGGAUGAACGUAGUAAAGAAUACAGCCGUGCUGGUGAUGAUGCCAUAUCAGCCACGGUGACAGACCUUGUGCGGGGAACACUGUGUCCUGCUGUCAAGGCAAUCCUUCAGCAUGGCAUGAGGUCCACCUCCCUUCUGGGUGGGCCCUGUCAUCCCUGGCUCUUCAUUGAGGAGUCGGCAGCUCGGGAAGUAGAGAGAGACUUCUCCUCAGUUUAUUCCCGCCUUGUCUUAUGCCGCACUUUCAGACUUGAUGAGGAUGGCAAGGUCUUGACUCCUGAAGAGCUGCUGUAUCGGUGUGUUCAGGCUGUCAACAUGAGUCAUGAUGCUGUACAUGCCCAGAUGGAUGUUAAACUGCGUUCUCUUAUUUGCUUAGGACUUAAUGAGCAGGUACUUCAUCUGUGGCUGGAAGUACUAUGCUCUAGCGUGGAGGUGGUGGAGCGAUGGUACCUUCCAUCCUCUUUUCUCCGCUCUCCUGGCUGGGUCCAGAUCAAGUGUGAGCUGAGGGUGCUGGCACAAUUUCCCUUCACCCUCAAUCCAGAUUGGGAGCUGCCUCCACCUCCUAACCAGGACCAGCGACCACUCCGAGAAGGGGUGAGGGACAUGCUAGUGAAGCACCACCUCUUUUCAUGGGACCUGUGAGACUGAAAGGAAUUAGCACCAUGUGCUGGAGGUUUAUAAAACACAGUUGUGAAUCAUUUUCAGAGUUUUUAAACUAGUUUUGAAGGGACUUUUGAUCCAUAGGUUAGAGGUAUGUUUAAAAAAUGUGUAGGACUGAGAGAGAGGGAGAGAUGGCAGAAGAGAGAGGGGAAAAGAGAAAAGAAAAGAAGAGAAGAAGAAGAGAGAAGAGAAGAGAGGGAGAAGAGAGAGAACAGAAAAGGAGGGAAGAUGGAAAGAAGAAAGGAUAAUGUUAGAGGUGCUUUAAUCUUUUAGAGGAAAUGAUAUUCUGUCUGAAUUGAAAAGACUGGUUUUGAAGUCUUUGGCUGGAUGGUUGAUGCUGUAUCUCUUAUUCACUUAGCAUAGAAUAGGAAUGAGAGGUAGGCUAGGAUAUGUGAUAUUGUAAUUUGGAAUGAGUGGAAGGCCAGCAGUUCUGCCCUUCUAUACAUAUGUGUGUGUGUGAUUAUAUGGGAGUGGAAAGUCGUCAUUCCUGUUGUCAUGUACAUUUGUGUGGAAUUAAUGUGGAUAUGGACUCUUGCUGGAAGAAAUUAAAAAUAUUUUCUGCCUUCCCAUGAAAAGUGGUAACCAGGUGAAGUAUAGAAAAAGGUUUAGCACUUGAUAGAUAAGUGAAGUAGAGUGUUAUACGUAACUAAAAUUAAGCUGAAUGUUAAGGAAAAUGUAAUAUUCAGUUAGUCAGUUUGUGUUACAGACUGCUGUGAGUGUCUUUUCAUUAAGAGAAGCUUGGAUAAUUAUUCCUGAUAUAAUAUAUAUUUUUACUCUGAUGAUGGUGCACAGUACACAAUUGCCAAAGGAAAAUUAAUCCCUCCAUAGUUAGCACUGAUGUCACCAUCUUUGCUUGCAUUAUUAAGUUAAGGUCAUCAUUUACAUUUUUUACUUUUAUUUUGAAAAGAGGAUUUCAUGUUUAGAUUGGUUGGCCUUUGUCAUACAUGCUUUUGUGUCUCUGCCAAUUCUUUUGUUUACAUUUAUUUAUCCAUUUAUCUUUUUAUUCAUCUAUUUAUAUAUAUGUAUUGUUUAUUUUUUUAUGAUUCCAAGCUUAUGUAUAUUAGUUUGUUGAUAAGUCUGCGUGUCUUUGUUUUCAUUACCAUGCUAUUUUAUAUGAAGAACCAGGGCAUUUGUAAAGCAUUUCUUGACAAAGUUUGUUUCAAGUCUCAUGAUUUCAGGAACUUGAGAAACUUUGAAUGUUGAGACUGACAUACUGAGAGACUUUUCAGGCAUAUUUCACCUUCUGUAAACUUAUAGGAUUUUGUAAAUGUCAGCUAUUUUUUGGGGGGAGGAGUCUAAUCUGGUGAAUAGAUGUGAGUGUGUGUUGUAGGUAACCAUAGACCUCAUGAUACUGCUUCCUCAGGUCAGACUGUCAGAGAAGCAAAUAAACUUUCUCUGCAUACAUACAUAGCUGGCUGUAAGAGAAAAUACUACAUUGCAUGUGUAGUGUUCAUGAAAUUUAUCAUGGUUGUUAGUUCUUAGUGGAAAGAAUAUUUAUAGCUGUAGUGCACAUUACCUUAUUGCAGUAAGAUAUAUUCAUUGUAGUCAUACAUGUUUAUUUGUUGUAUGCUAAGUAUUUUUCUCAAAAGGUGUUUAUUUUUGUAUCUAUAAUAGUUCAGAAAAUUUGCUAGAACUGCUUAGCUGUAUAAAAACUCAUCCUGAAAGUGCACAUUUUAAAUUUGUCAUUGCCUUACACAAUCAUAUCCACUGAAGGUGUCAGUGUCACUCUACAAACUCACUUUCACAUGUGGUGCCCACCAGCUACAAGUUGUCACAGGAACCUCACAGUGCACCAUUUUUUUGUGCAGUGCACCUUUGAAGCAGAAUUUUGAUGCAACCUCCACCUCUAAUACUCUGCUUUUGGCUUGAAGGAAACCUACUCAGGCCCAUAAAUUGAAUAAUUUAACCCCAUUCCCAUCUGAAUCUCUAGCCAUUGCUGUAAAGUUGUAAUGCAAAUCUUCAUUCAACUAUUUCAAAAUGAAAAUGCCUUGGGGAUUAUUUUUUUUUUAGACAAAAAGUUGAAAUUAUGUUGGUUGAUAUUGAUAUGAAAUAAGCAUGACAUUGAGCCAUAAGUAAUUCAGGUUUAAGAUGAAAUGUAAAUCUUAUAUCAGGAGAUAUUCACUGGUUGUAGCCAGCAUGCAAAUACUGUAUUGGUAUAUUCUAACUUUGUUCUUCCAUUAAUCCUGAAAAGUGUGGUUAUCCAAUUGACUCAGCUGUAUAAAAAAAAGAAAAAAAAAAAGAAAACUUUUAUAGUGGUGUUAAGUACAGUGAAUAUUAACUCUGAAAGACAAGUUAUCAUGCUCAUGUCCCUACAGAUGUAAUAUGAGUUCCAAACUCCACAAAAUAUCAAAGCUUUAAGCUGCAUCAGCAUAAUGCACCACUGAACCAUGAAUAGAAGAAUGCAUGAAUGCAAGAUAUGGGAAUGAGGGAGUAAAUUUAACUUUGCUUCUUCUUUCCCUCCUUUAUUUCAACCAGAUGGCACCACUGCUAUUACAACUGAACUCUUCGCUCAAACCUUUGCUAAAAACUCUACCGUGGACGAUUCAGGGCUUGUUCCUCCCUCUCCUCCACCUUCUGACUGCUUCAUGCUACCUAUUAAAAUUCUUCACAAUAAUGUUUUCCGUGCCUUCAUUGGCUUAAACCCUCGGAAGGCUUAUGGACCUGAUGGGGUCUCUCCCAUUGUUCUCUGAAACUUUGCCUCCAUGCUUGCACCUUACCUAGUCAAACUCUUUCAACUCAGUCUGUCAACAUUUACCUUUCCUUCUUGCUGGAAAUUUGCCUACAUUCAGCCUGUUCCUAAAAAAGGUGACCAUUCUAAUCCCCCAAACUACCGUCCUAUUCCUUUAAUUUCCUGCCAAUCUAAAGUUUUUGAAUCUAUCCUCAACAGGAAGAUUCCUAAACAUCAUUCACUUCAGAACCUUCAGAUAGAAAUCAGAUAGAAAUCAAAACUUUUAAAGCUUUGAUUUCCAAACUACCCUCCUACAGCUUCUAUCCUUCUCUCUGUAACUUUAUCUCAAGUUUCCUUUCUGACCAUUCUGUUGCUGCUGUGGUAGGUGGUCACUGUUCUAAAUCUAACAGUGGUGUUCUUCAGGGUUCUGUCCUGUCACCCGCUCUCUUCUUAUUAUUCAUCAAUUACCUAAACCAAACUUCUUGUCCUAUCCACUCCUACGCUGAUGAUACCACCCUGCACUUUUCCAUGUCUUUUCAUAGAUGUCCAACACUUCACACAGGGAAGCCACAGAACAUCUGACUUCUGAUCUUUCUAAAAUUUUUGAUUGGGCAGAGCAAGCUUGGUAUUUUUCAGUGCCUCAAAAACUCAAUUCCUUCAUCUAUCAACUCGAUAUAGCCUUCCAGACAACCAUCCAAUCUUCUUUAAUGAGACUCAACUGUCCCCCUCUCCUACACUGAACAUCCUUGAUCUAUCCUUCACAUAUAAUCUGAACUGGAAACUUCACAUCUUAUCUAUAGCUAAAACAGCUUCUAUGAAGUUAGGCGUUCUGAGACAUUUCCGCCAGUUUUUCUCACUACCUCUAGCUGCUAACUCUGUACAAAGGGCCUUAUCCAUCCAUGUAUGAAGUAUGCUUCACAUGUUUGGGGGGGUUCCACUCAUACCGCUCUUCUAGACAGGGUGGAAUCAAAAGCUUUUCAUCUCAUCAACUCCUCUCCUCUAACUGACUGUCUUCAGCCUCUCUCAUUGCCAUAGUGUUGCAUCUCUAGCUAUCUUCUAUCACUAUUUUCAUGCUAACUGCUCUUCUGAUCUUGCUGACUGCAUGCCUCCCCUUCUCCCACAGCCUUUCCCUCACCCCUAUUCUGUCCACCCCUCCAAUGUAAGAGUUAACCAGUAUUCUCAAUCAUUCAUCCCUUUCUCUGGUAAACUCUGGAACUCCCUGCCUGCUUCUAUAUUUCCACCUUCCUAUGACUUGAAUUCCUUCAAGAGGAGGUUUCAAGACACUUAUCCUUCAAUUUUUGACUACUGCUUUGGAUGCUUUUCUGGGACUGGCAUCUCAGUGGGCUUUUUUUUUUUUAAUUGGAUUUUUGCCAUGAGUGGUGGAUAGAGUUUGCAUCAAAACUAUAAUGCUUGAAUGCAUCUUCGCCUUUGGAAGAGUUGAUGCACAGUGCUUAGUGAUGUGAACAUAUGAACUGAAACCAUGAAAUAUGGAUAUGUCUCUUUGUUUUCUUGCAUUAUAAUGGUUUCAGAGUAUUUUGGAUUUUUUAUUGGCUUUUACUUGUAUAUCAUGUUUUAAUUAUCAAAGUACAAUCUCUGCUCGGAGUGCAGCCAUGUAACAUAAUAUUAAGGAGGAUGAGGUCACUCACAUGUAGAAGUUGACAGACCUUGGAAGGAAUGGUAACAAAAUUCAGACAGUAGAGUAAAUGAACAGAAAGGAACAUUGAUUCUUGUAGAAUCAUAUCUACAUAACUGAAUGGUACUGUGAGGUUCAUGCUGGGUCUGUCAGCUAUGUGUCAGAGCCCCCAAGAGAUCUUCCAUCAUCUUAUUGACUGCUUGGAGUAGUGCUGGUACUGCUAAUCACUAUAAGCAAACUGACUGUCCACACAAUGCUUCCCAACUGAUGCCUGUGCCGGAAAUGGCAGUUAGUAAAAGGGGGACUAGCAAAUGAUUAGAUUAGAAAUGUCCUGGGGAUUAUGGGGACAUAUUUGUGUAAAUGGUUUAAUGUACUGUACCUGUGCUCCUUUAAAUAGUUUCCCAUUGGUGUGCAAAUAUUAUUUGUGACAUGUUUAUAUAAUCUACAAAUACAUGUACUAUCAUGUACCUUCUCUGGGAAUGUAGUGAUCCUUGGCAUUUUCAUUUUUUUUUUCUUUAUUGCUAGAAGACAUGCAUUAUUUAGAACAGUAUUAUGCAGAUCUGUUGCAUUUUAUAUUAUUUAGCAUUGGUAGCCUGCUAUAAUGUAGUACAAUUCUUAUAAAAUUACUACUUGA